ACCACUCAUGUAAAUUCGCUAACAAGAUAGCCUGGGCGUAUUUUGUAAGAACAAACAAUUGUUUAUGCAAUCACCAUACAGUUUCUUAGUACGUUGCCAUAUUAUUUAUUAGCACCCUAUUACGUACGAAAGAAUAGUGUUGUCACCGGUCAGAGAUUUGGGUUUAAAACGGCAGGUGUAGUUGGAGUAGGCACAGUCAACAGCUGCUUUCAGCCGUUUCAUCUCCUCUCAAACUACCCACACAUUCUCAACAUGCAGAAGAUCGUACUCGUCGCCCUCGCCUUAUUCGCCGUAGCGGCCGCGGCGCCACAGCACGGACAAGCCCCCGCGGAACACCCUGUAUACAUCCUCAAGCAAGACGCUGAUGUGUCCCACGAUGGGUACACCUUCGAUUUCGAGACAAGCGACGGCACAUCUCGCCAAGAGAAGGGCACCCUGAAGCAGAUCAGCGAAGACCACCAGGCUCUCGAAGUGUCCGGCAGCUACAAGUACAUCGGCACGGACGGCCUGACCUACACCGUCACCUUCGUGGCCGACGAGCACGGCUUCCAGCCCCAGGAGCAUGUUGAACAACCCCAGCAAUAAACACCAACUUUGUACCACGGAGAAUAAAAUGAUUAUCGGAGAUGUCAUAACGCGAAAUUUUCUGAGAGAGUAGCGCCCCAAAAUGCAGGUGUUCGGGGCUCCUCUUUCGCGCGCGCCUUAUUUAGAACUCGCACAAAAAAAAAAACAAAUGUAUAAAAGCCGAUCUUUGACAGAUUUGUCUUGUUUUGACAAGGAACCUGAAAGCUUCGUUAGUUCUAGUAACUGAUCUUCAACAAGGUUAGCUGACCUACAAUAAGGCGCCUGACCUACCUGUGUUACGGCAUCUCCGCUCAUCCUUCCUUCCUCCGUGGUUUGCACAAACUUGGCCACAAUAGAAUGUUCUAACAUUCGUAUGGCCAAUGUUUGAUCAAACAUGUUGUUAAGCGGUUGUGUAGGUUUUACUACACUCAGCUGACUGUUAACUAUUUUGUAAUGUCAACGUUUGUAUU